AUGGAUACAAACUGUCAAAGAAGCACGGUUUUCUUUGAUGAUGCUGAUAUGGUGUCAAAGGGAUAUACCAAACUGCGCCGGGGUAUAUCCUCUACUGUAUAUGUUGAAAACCCGGGUGCUGUUUAUGGAAUAGCUGUGCAGAGGAAAGGCGCGCUGCACAGCAAAUAUGAAGAUGGUGUUUCGGAUGGGCUUGGCUUGGAAACCUGUACGAAAGAGCUUGUUUGUAAGUGGCAAGGAUUGCUAGCUAACUUCGACCUAUUUGCUGAUCUGGGUGGAGAGUCACUGUAUUGGAAACAACCCCAAUGGAUUAAGUGCGAUAUUUCUUCAACAUCAUUGAACAUCCGUGCCCAUAAAUAUAAUCUGUCACUAGACUGGAAAAUUGUUGUCCAGCCUUCUCUUCUUCCAUUAUUGAAUUUUCUGGUCCGCGGCCAGUAUCGUUUAACG